AUGGGGUUUCCGCGAGCGGGUAGUCCCAGGUUGGGGGAGAGAAGGGGGGGAUUGUUUGGGUUGGGGGAAGAUGUGGGCGGGCUGGCAGGGGGAGGGGGGAGGGGGCGGGAAGGGGGAGGCGGGGAAGGGGGAGGGGGAGGGGGGUUGGCACAGGGGGGUGUGUGGGGGCACCAGAGGCGGGAUUUGCAGCGAGCAAGGAACCACAUUGCGGAGCAGAGGGCUGUGGCGCUGCAACUGGUGAGCUGCAGCUUUCACAUGUGCUGCUGUGGCAAAGGCGGCUGCGCUGGUGUUGCUGCUGCUGCUGCUGCUGCUGCUGCUGCUGCUGCUCCUGUUGUGGAUGAUGUUUUUGAGUUCUCAGCAACACAGGAGUUUGCUGUGUUAUUUUCAGAAGCUCGAUUUCCUUGCCACGCACCUCUCCACGUUUUACCCAACCCCACCCCUCCCAACCUUUCCUCUGUAUCAGAUGGCUGCAGCAGAGGAGCGCAUUGCGCUGGUCAGAGCAGCCCACGCGGAGGUGCAUUCACACCUCUCCGCCGCACUUUGGCCCUUGCAGUCGCCGCUGCAGCAGCAGACGAUUCUUACACCCCCCUGCCAUCUCGCCUCAUCCGUUCUUCAGUCCCCACCCGUCCGUCCCUGCCCUCUCUCUCUUCCCUCCCGUCUCUCCACCCCCAUCGCUACCACCCAACCAACCCACUUUCCUCUACAGCUAACCCUCUCUCUGCAUCUCUCCAUCUGUCCGCUUCUGGGCCCCUCUCUGCUUCGCUGAAUCCUUCCACCACCACCCGUCCCCCUGCCUCCAACACUCGUCCUUCCAUGUCUGGUCCUGUUCCCCUCCUUGCGCACUCCACCCUCUCCUCCUCCUCCUCCUCCUCCUCCUCCUCCUCCUCCUCCUCCUCCUCCUCCUCCUCCUCCUCCUCCUCCUCCUCCCUACUCUCUCUGCCUCUCCCCCCACUCUCUCGCACUCUUCACACACACAGUGCUGCUCCAGCUUCUGUUGCUGCUCCUCCUCCUCUCCCUCCUGCUGCAUCAGCCUCUACUCCUAUUACCGCUACCUCGUCACCUAUCCCUGCUGCUUCGUUACCCAUCCCCGUCAGUGAAACCACUGCUCCCACUGCUCCCACUGCUCCCACUGCUACCACCACCUCCACUACGCUCUCUCCUCCCUCUUCCUCCCUCCCCUCCUCUUCCAGUGCCCGCUCUUCUCUUCCCACUUCUGCCGUCGCCCCUUUGUCCCGUCCGUUCCGCUUCUCUGGCCGUUUCUCCUCCCUCUCUUCUCCGCUAGACCAACCGCCCUCUCCCCCUCGCAACAGCUCUGGUUCAACUGCCACUCACGGUGCUGCCAGUGCCAGUGCAGCAGCGCAAGCCAGGAUCAGCAUUGCAGACAGCAGCAGCAGUAGGGCCAGUGCUGCUACCAGUGCAGCAGCAGCCACUCGUAGCGCGGACAUCACAAGCAGCAGCAGAACCAAUGCUGCUGCCAGUGCAGCAGCCGCUAGGAUCAACAGCACUGACACAGACACCCCCAGUGGUGCUAUUCCGGGCCUUGGCUCAAGCACCCGUGCUGCUGGGUUCUCUCAAGGAAGGCAGCAGCAGCAGCAGCAGCAGCAGCAACAGCAACAACAACAGCAGCCACAGCAGCAGCAGCAGCAACAACAACACCAGGAGGAGGAGGAGGAGGAGGAGGAGGAGGAGGAGGAGGAGGAGGAGGAGGAGGAGGAGGAGGAGGAGGAGGAGGAGGAGGAGGAGGACGAGGAGGAGGAGGAGGAGGAGAAGGAGGAAAUGGGAGAGCAGGGGGGGCGACAGCAGGAGGGGCAGAUGCAGCAGGAGGUGCAGCAGGGGCAGCAGCAGGAAGCACAGCAGCAGCAACAGGCGAAUUCACGGUUUCGCGAAGGCAGAGAGGAAGAGGCAGGGGGGUUGGAUGACGACCUGCAGGUGGACCUGCUGCCAGCGGGAGCAUCUUCUGGGGGAGGUACAUCUGGGUGGGCAGCGAGGGGGAGGUUGCAACUGAGCAGAACUCAGAGGGAUGGGAUGAGUGGGAACACAAGGGGAGGGCGACGGGGUGAUGUGGAGAGGAGGGAGAGGGGGGAGGAUAGGGUAAUGCAGAGAGGGAGGGGGUUCAGGAGAGCGAAAAGUGAAGAUGGGGAGAGAGGGCAUGGGGAGGAUGAGGGUAGACAGAGGUGCGUGAGGGAGAGAUUGGAGCAGAGGUUGGAGCAGAGGUUGGAAGAGAGGUUAAAUGCGGUGGGAAUGGGAGAGGGCGGUUAUAACAAUGGUGUCGUUGCUGGGAGUGACAGUACCAGUAGUUUAAGUGACAGGAGAAGGAGUGUUAGCAGUAAUGUUGGCAGUAGCAGCUGCAAUGUUGGGAGGAGGGAAAGGAGGGCGAUUUAUGAGAGGAGGCUUGGGAGAAUGGAAGCAGAAUAUGGGUACCAAGGCUCGGUGGAAGAAAGUCAACUUGUGGAAUUGCAGGAGGAGCAGGCGGGGCAGGGGGAGCAGGAGGAGGGAGAGGGGAGGCAGCAGCAGCAGCAGGAGGAGGAGGAGGAGGAGGAGGAGGAGGAGGAGGAGGAGGAGGAGGAGGAGGAGGAGGAGGAGGAGGAGGAGGAGGAGGAGGAGGAGGAGGAGGAGGAGGAGGAGGAGGAGGAGGAGGGGGAGGAGGAGCAGGAGCAGCAGCUGCUGCAGCUUGAGCAGCAAAUGCACUUGCAAGAGGAGCUGCAGAGUCAGUUAGAGGAGGAGGAGUUACAGGUAACCGCGGGAGGGAGGGAUCAGAGGGAUCAAAGGGAACAGAGGGGUGCUCCUAGGCCCGGCAACAGGAGAGGCUCGGCGCCAAGGCUGCUCGGUGUGUACAGGAGGCACGGGAGGGAGGACCGGCACCGGCUGGAGGAGCUGACAGAGAAUCUGGAGGAUGGGGAGAGUACUCUGUCUGGCAUCACUAUUGAUGUUCCUCCUGGCGGAGAUGACUAUAACGAAGGGGACUACAGUGCUGAGAAUGCUGCUAAUAGUAACAGCAGCAGUACUGAUGGGUACCCAGGGGUACCGGCCUAUGUGGAUGGUUUUGGUAUGGUGGGGCUGGAUAGUGGGCUGGUGGGUGCUAUGGGUGGUGAGAUGGAUGGGGAGAUGGUCGGGGAUGGGAUGGGGGGACUAGAGUCAGGGUCAGUGAGGUUUGGAGCAGAUUUGAGGCGUUAUCCAUCGGGAUUGGAAGGAGUGGAAGGGAUGGAAGGGGUUGGAUCAGGGGGGUUGCACGUGCGUGGGUUGGGAGGGGUGGUGAGCGGUGGAGCAGGGCGGGUGGAGGAGGAGGAGGUGGAGGCGGAAUUGCUGGCGAUGGAAGCAGCGGUUGAGUUCAAUGUGAGGGUGGUGACGUGUCAGGGGUCCCCUGUGCGCUGGCACAACUGCCACGUGUGCGUGCGUCCCAAUGCGGUGCUGCUGGAUGCAGCUGGGUGCAUUGUGGUGGAUGGGAGGGAGCUACGGGCACGAGACGGCAGUCCGGUGGUAUUGGAGGAGCAGGGAGAGAGUCUCAUCCAUGCACUCUCGGACUUCUCCCCGCCUCUGCUGCACCUCUCCUUCAUCCAUGCUUUCCUCGACCUUGACCCGCGGGCCGUGGUGCUGCAAGAAACGGCAGUGAGGGUGAAUCGUUGGCUGAGCGACCGCCAGAACCAGCACGAAGUGAUUGCACGCUUCCUCACUUGCGAUCACCGAUUGUGA